AUGAGCUAUCGGUACACGUCUGCCGCUCAUCUGCGGGAACAGAGAACCCAGCUCUUUGGCAGCCAGGACUCGCAAAGACUGAGGUCGUCUACCCCACAUAGAAUCAGCUCGCCGUACGAUAGACCGCCUUCAGUGUCAGCAAAACACAACGAGGCGUUCUUGCUGUCACUAGAAGCGCAGAAUGAAGACGAAGUUAGUUCCAUGUCGCAGAAGGUUGCAGCUUUGAAGAACUUGGGCGUAAAAAUGGGUGAUCAGAUCAACACUUCCAUGAAACUUAAUGACGAAAUUACCAACAGCUUCGAGAAGGGCAGGGUCACGUUGAAAAACACAUACAACAAAAUGAUUGUGAUGAGCCAGCGGGCUGGAAUCUCGUGGAAGAUGUGGCUUGCGUUUUUCGCCAUGUUCUUCCUCUGGUGCUUCUACGUCUGGCUUUUCUAG